AUGCCACUACCAAAUGGACAGCAACCAUUGCGGAUUCCUCAACCACCUUCUCACAGUCGACAAAACUCAGCGCUCGGCCAGCGUUAUCGACAUUGUGCUACGCCGUCGACGUCUUCCCUGAGCUCAGUCACAACAUUUCCAGCUGUGCCAGUUCAACAACCUUCUGUUUCAUCUUUACCUGUGUAUACGAGUGAACCAGGACGACGAGUAUAUCCGUCUACGCAAUCUACAUCGACGUUACCCACAAGACGCAAUGAAUUUGGUGCGAAUCGAACGAACUUGGAGCGAAUGAGGUAUGGAUUUUGGUUUUAAAUGUUGUAGGGAUAUUUUAGAUACUAUGGUGUCUUAGUAUUUAUGUAUUAAUGCUUGAUUUUCGGAAAAGUUUGAGGGAAAGUUAUGUUAUAGUAGGUAGAUGUCACGGAAAUUGAUGUUAGACUUGUCUUUUUUGUCGGAGAUUUGUGAAAUUUUUAAAGGAUGAUGAAGAUACUAAUACGUAGCUGUUCAGAUUAAAAAAUUACGAAAAAAUAAAUUAUUUUUAGGGCUAAGGAUUAAAUUUAUAUUACACUACGUACAAAUGAAAAGAGUUGCUGUAACUUUUCUAUUUUUCGCUAUAAUUCGUUGAAUUUUUGUACGAACGUUACACAUACAAUGUGAAAUACGCUUAGCAAGUUUUAUAAAAUUCUAGCCAGUUUGCUCGAAGUUAUGGAUUAAAGUUACAUUAUUGUAGGUGGACAAAUUAAAAGUUACUGCUAAAUUAUUUUUUAAAAUAUUUUUUAUUGAAAUCGGGCAAAAUAUUUAUAAAGAGCUAGUUUAACCGUGCUAAAGGUUUCGUAACGUCAAUAAUAUUAUAGCUGCAGAUACGACAAUUUCAAGUUUAUCAGUUAGCUGAUGAAUCGUUUGAUAAUCACAAAAUGAAUCAAACUCUUUGGAUAGUCGUUUAUUUACAGCAAGUUUCCGGCGCUGCGAGCUUGUAAAAUUAUAUUUUUAUGGUGAAUGCAAAUUUCUUUACUGUUUUGCUGGCGAAAAUUAGGUAUAUUUGAGAUGGAAUAUACGAUUUCUCGAAUAUUUUUAGUGUUUUUGUUAUGGUUUUUGUAUUUUUGAAAAGUGCAAGUAAUAUAUGUAGUUGUAUGGGUAUAUAUAUGAUAGAGGGUCAUUUUUUGGUCAGCUUUACGGAUGUUGGGGAGGUUUUUAUAUUGUUUUAGAUGGAAAUUCAUUAAAAUUUCAGUAUCCUUGAUAGUUACAUAAUAUUUUUAGUUACAACGACUUGAUGGAUCUUGCCAAACGUCAACAGCUACAAUUACAAGCAAAACAAGUAGAGUACGAAGACCGACGAAAACAACAAGCCGAUUUCGCUCAAGCCAAAGCCAAUGGUAUGAAUGUGGCAGAAGAAGUUAAUAAUUUGAGACAGCAAAUUCGAAUCGACGAAGCUCAACUUCAACGUCAAGCGAAUGCCAGAAGAGAAGUUGAGGAUCUGGUACGACAAAAUGAAAUGGCCAGAGGGCAGUUGAAACGACUGGAAAAUCAGUACGAUGCUACAGAUCAGUACAUACGACAAGCAACUUCAAAAGUUCACACCCUGAGGCAACAAAUGGAUCAGUUGCAGGCUCGACGUGCUGCCGCGGCUAAUGCGGCCAUUGCACAACAGCGGCUAUUGAAUGUACAGAAGGGUGAAGGAAUUUAUGGACAAAGGAACGAGAAUGACGGAAUUUAUGGACACAGCAGUUAUGGUCAGAGAAGUGACAGUAAUGCCAGUUAUGGUCCAAGAACAGAAAAUGACGCAAUUUAUGGACAAAUCAAGAAGAAUCAAGUUCGGCCACAAGCUCAAGUUGGCCCAUAUCAAAUUGCUCAAUCAAGGCCGGUUAAUGAAAAACCACCUCCACCUUCGUAUGAUCAAGUUGAUGCUGGAGGGUAGGGUUUUUAUUUUUUUUGUGUUUAGUGUAUAAAAUUUUGGUUAAGAUAUUAAUAUUGAUGUUUUAGGUACCACAACAUAGAAAAGUCUCAUUAUCAGCCGAUCGGACGCAGAAUUGCGCACGCCCCAACUCCAUCGUACAACGAAAACCCAUGGGUACUACGAGCACCAGCUGUGGACAAUUUCAGCAUUAGAAGCGACUCGCUAAAAGCGGCCAAACGCCGCUCAUGGGCUCACGUUGAUCCACCUCAUCAACAGAAAUUCGACGACAUUUAUGGCACAAACUCGGCCAAUUAUUCUGUGUUAAAGAAGAUAGUCGAGGAGCAGAAGAAGGGCAAACGACAAUACUCAUUGGCUUCGAUUUUUGGCCGCAAAAAGCCGGAAAAGAAGGGCAAAAACGACAAAAAAGAGAUUUCUAAGCCUGUUAUUGCAAAAAAUGAAGCAAAUUCGGCUGAAAAUGAAGGUGUAGUAAGACCUGAGAAUGAAGAAGUGAGAGUACGAACUCCACAGAUGAUACCACGUGAAAUUGUGGGCAUGACAAGCUUAAAAUCGACCAAAUCUGGCGAUAAAUCCGCCGAGAAUCGUCUGAAGUUUGAUCAAAAUCAACAAAAAUUGGAGGAAAAUCAAAGAAUCUUGAACUUGAAGGCUCAAAAUUCGUUGAGAAGUAAUGUUAGCCAAGACCGAGGAACUCCAACUUUGAUGAGAUUUGAUAAUCGGCCAGAAGAACGAAAACCAGAAGGCCGAAAAUUGUGGGAUAACGAAGAAAAGCAUGGUAAAACGGGCGGUUUUAGCCAAACUGGACUAUCUUUCCCAGCCUUAGCUUCAAAAACCGACAACUUGGUAUCAGAAAAACUUGAUCAAGUGGCACAAAAAGGACUAGAAGGCCAAGUUGGAACUAAAAGAACAGAAAAUAUUGGUCAAAAUUCUUCGGAAUUUCAACAAAACUUCCAAACAAAAGCUCUAAAAUCAGCGAUAAAAGUGGAAACAGAGUUGGCUCCUAUAGUAGUAGCUGAACCAGACUCUGACAAGGAAUUUGAAGCUGAACCAAGUCCGGUUUCUACUCAAUCCAGCCAGUCUAGUCCACCAGAACCGCCACGAAUGAGCAGCGGUGAUGAGGAGUUUGAGAAGAAAGAUGGAAAGACUGGAUUGAAAUGUGACGAAAUUGUGUCAGAUGAAGAAGGAAAGAAAGGUGAAGGUGUUGAGAAGAUUGAAGAAGAGAAUCAAGUUGAAGAUGAACAGGAUAAACGACGAUUGGAUUCUGUUUCUCCACCUGAAGACCCGAAAAUUGAGAAAAACGAGGAAAAUUUGAAGAAAAACGAAGGUAUUUUGGUGAAAAAUGAGGGAAAAUCAAUGAAAGAGGGUUCAGAAGGCUACGAAAGUACAGCAGAAGCUAAUAAGAAUACAGUAGAUUCAUACAAAGCAAAUGUAGACUCUACAGAAUCAGAAACAUCGUCAGAAGACUAUGAAGAAGACACCGUUCACUCACCAAAAGUUGUGAUAGAAACUUUGACUACGGAUGAAGCUGCGAUGCGACAAGCGACGAAUGAAAUCAUCGAACAGAUGCAGAAGUUGACGUACGAACAGCCAAAGAGCAUCAUGAUCAACGAUGACGACGAUAACAACAUGUAUCAAAUGGAAAUGCAAAGUUCGACCGAAGAGAUCAGUUCGAACGAUGAGAGUGUCUCUACUAGUGAUGAACUUCCAGAGGUGGGUAUUUUUUGUUUUGAAGCGAUUUAUGCUACUAAUGAUACUGGAUUUUUUUUUAAAUUUUGUUUUUUUAGUUUGACGAAAUAACUCGCCCAAAAGAUGUCAAAGGAAUUUUAAAACAACACUCGGAAAAUGGAAAGCCAAAAAAGAAGAUGGUAUUCGAUCCAUUGGUACUGUUCUUGGACGCAGCACUAGAAGGUGAUAUGGAUUUGGUAAAGGAAAAAGCCGCGGAAAUUGAUGACAUUUCUCGUGGAAGCGAUGAGGGAAUCACAGCUUUGCACAAUGCAAUUUGUGCAUCUCAUAUUGAAGUCAUCCGAUACUUGGUUGCUAGUCAUGCUGAUGUUAAUGCACAGGUAAAAAUUUGGUUUUUUGAUACAUAAAAUGAGGGUUUAGUGGUACUUUUGUUACCUAAAAUGACGUUUUUUAAUUAAAAAUUUGGAUUUUCAUACCUAAAGUAGUAAUCUCGAGGUUUGAAAUGGUCUUUUUGUAACCUGAAAUAGUACUUUUGGUACCUAAAAUUGUACUUUUGGGACCUAAAAUUGUAUUUUUGUUAUUCAUAAUGUUAUUUUAAAAUUAUUCAGGACGCCGAUGGCUGGACUCCACUGCACUGUGCAGCUUCAUGUAACAACUUUCCGAUCGCCAAAAUGUUGAUCGAAAAUGGAGCUUGUGUGUUUGCCAUUUCGCUGAGUGAUGGUGAAACUCCAUCGGACAAGUUCGAGGAAAGCAUUGAAGGCUAUGGUGGAUGUGCGGACUUUUUGGCCAUUGUGGAAAAAUGCAUGGGCGUUAUCAAUGGAGGAAAGGUGAGAACAAUAUUAUAAAUUGAAAAUUUUGGCAGUAAAAUGACUUUUUUGGAUGUUUUUACAAUUUUUUUGGCUUUUGCACCGUGCAAAUUUUUAUAAAAUUAGGUAAAAAUAUUUUGUAUUUUAGGUAUAUACAGCCUACUCAUACGAAGCCUACAACGACGACGAACUCUCUUUUGAAGCUGGUGAAGAAUUGAAAGUACUGAACAAAGAUACGGGAGAGAAAAAUCAUUUCCAGUACCAAAGAAUGUACUAUCAAACACCAGAUCCAUCUCUAUUCGAAGACUCGCUGUGGUGGUUAUGUGAGAACAAGAAAGGCGAAAAAGGACUGGUACCACGCAAUUUCCUCGGACUUUUCCCAAUUUGGAAGUUUGUCGAACCGUUGAACUUUAAACCUUUCAAUUUACCGUCGAAUGAACUGGCUUUAAACGAGGUUCUGAAGGAUCAUGAGGACGCUAGAAGGUCAUCAUCGUCUACCUUGGAUCCAAAUGAUGCUACGAACAGUACGACAUCGAGAAACGACGAUCAGAAUAGCCAAACAUCAACUUCGUCGCUGGAAGAAGCGGAAUCACCACCCCCAUUGCCGCAGCCUGAAUUUGAUCAGCCUUCUCAGAUCAGGGCGAAUGCUUAG